AAACAUCACCUAUUGCCAUUCACCAUACACCACGUUCCUCCCGAGUCUACCCUCCCGAAUCCGACUCCUACGCGCUCACGACGCCGUUCCACCUGCUCCUCCAACCACGCACACUCCUUUGUCUUGUCCAUAUGCUCGCACCACUGUCGUGAAACACCCUUCUAUAUAUUCUUCUUCGUUCGCUGGUGCCUGUGACCAACCUGCCUCGACACAUGCUCACUCGCUUGACGUAAAUCUGGGACUCGAACUUGUGCCCUUCUCUUCAAACUGCGAUAUUCACUACGGCACACACCUGAUGCUUUCUCUUAUCUGCUCCUUGUGCACCAGCGAAACUCCGCCUGCCCUUCGCCUCGCCGCACCCAAUCUCACGCCCCCGCUCCGUGUCCUACAAUACUGCCAUGGCUAGAGAUUCGCGGGGAUCUCUCCUUCAGCCCCUGCAGCAAAUGCACCUAAACGCGGCGCGUUCUGAUUCAUUGACCACCUUUGACGAUCUUACUGCCCCGCCCGCUGUAUCCUCCGCUGGCGAACCCAAAGCCCUGGAUCUGGUCCAGGGUGGUUUAAGCGGCUUGUACAGUCGUAUAAAAGCUUCUGUAGGCGGUACAAAGGAUAGUGGUAGCGAUCUUCUCGAAGAUGGCUCGAUCGGUAGUGGCAAGAACAAAGCAAUAUCAGGGUCAAAGGCUAGUCAGCUGCCAAAAAGCCCAGCCGGGACUGCUGUGUCUUCACCUGUCGUAGUCUCAGUGCCCUCCUCAAGGCUACAGUCUCCACUCGUAUCCAAGUUCCCCGACGAUUCACUUCCUCCAUCACGAGAUUCCAACGUAUCCAGCUCCGUCUCCACGAAGCCGUCAUUGAAUGGUUCAAGGAGCUCCCUCGCCACUACAAAGUCUAGGCCCUCAAUAGCCCCCAGUGUAGACUCUACAAAGCUAACAAAAGAUGAUGACUCGUACCGACAAAGUUCGAUGAGCACUCUAUCCAAACCCCAAAGCAGCUCCGGCAUGUCUCCAUUGGUGAAGACUAGUUCUGGGUCUGGAAUGACUCUCCCUUCGAGAAGUAGGGAAUCUAUCCGAGAAGGAUCGCAUCGAGCAAGCAAAGGCGACCUUGAUCUUAAGAGCGAAGAGAGCGAUACAACCGAGGAUGAUAUGGUGAUGGUAGAGGGUGGAGGCUUCGCCAGCGACAACGCUCGUUAUACACACCCACUUGAUGCUGCGCAUGAUGGAUUGGUGAAACUCAACUCACGGACAGAAGGCCAUUAUCAGCAAGCGAACAACAGUCUACGAAAAACCUCAGAUGAUGCCUCGGAGACUACCGAGGUUCCUCACAUUACAACGAAUGCCCAUACUCCCGUCCUGGCUCCAGCGCCCCAACGCCCCGCUCUAAUGCACGUCGGGCCUUCACACCUACCCGGGUACCGUCCCUCUCGAGCUUCCUCAUCUGAUGGCGUCAGUUCGAUCAUGACGAGCACGACAGUUCGUAGCCCUGGAAUUGCACCAAUCGACGAACUUAUGCAACAGAAGCCUUCUGGAUCGAUACCUAGCAAUGCCUUUGCUCAGAUGCGCAGCAAGAUUCUUGGGAGGGAGUUCUGGAUGAGGGACGAAAACGCAAAAGCUUGCUUCAAUUGUGGCGACUCUUUCUCUACCUUCAGGCGCAAACACCAUUGUCGAACUUGCGGCCAGAUUUUUGAUGCAAAAUGCACGUUGCUAGUCUCCGGGAAGGUGUUCGGACAGUCGGGAUCGUUGCGAGUAUGCAAACCUUGCGAAGCAAUCAUCCACGGGAACGAUGACGACUCUUCAGUUUACACAGAUGAAGGAGACCAGGGUUCGAUAUAUGACCAGGAUGAUAUGAAUGAGGGCGUAGGCGGAGAUCCAUUUGAUCCGUCCGAAAGUGAUCACACCAAAAUCGGUACGCCGACAAUCAGUAUUCCCAUGUCUCGCAAGGCUGGCAGUGAAAAGAAAAGGCGAUCUGCUGUCAUCGAAGUCCCUCAGACUCUCGCGCGACCGAGCUCCUCUAGAUCUCUCCGCUCAUUGGGCGGCCGCCCUCGCUCAUCCAGCCAUAAACGACAUCAUUCUCGCCACCAACACAUGCGUAAUGUGAGAUAUGAGAAUAGAGCGCCAUUCCAUCAGUACGACCCGGAGGCUACACGCAGCCGGUCAAGCCUCCCGGCUUUUCACCAUGAUAAUAUCAUCGAUCCCGACCUCAUGCCGUUUAUGUCAGAUGACGAUUCCACGGAAGACGAGCAGCCCAACAUUUUCGCUGCUCUUAGAGGCGAUUCUUCACCGCACAUGGGUCUUGAGGGCGAACGCAGCAGUUUCGGGGGACUACUAGCAUCUAUGAAGAAAAGCAAAUCGAGAGGAGGCGAUAGAAGUGUAGUCAGUGGUACCCACGCUCGAGAUACCGAUAAUGCUAGCGUCACUAGUCGCCACGUUGGCCGACAUACUCGACGAAGGAAUUUGAGUAUCAGCAGCAUUGCGCAUCCACGGCCUUCACCGAAACGCUCCAAAAGCAACAGCAUUCUCAGAAAUUUUGGUGCCGGUCUUAUCCCUGGCCAGAUCCUUCACCCUCAGUCCCCAUCGCCCCAACCACCAUCUUUACUGCCUCCCUCAGGAUCCAAGAUCACUCGGAGUUCGUCCAUGAGGGGAGGCAGAGCGCCAGCGAUCGAGCUGAACCAGGCAAGCUUAGAACAUGUCCGAAAGCUUUUGAAGCAGCUUCUGCAAGAUGCAGCAGUCUCUCAUGUAUCAAGCUGGGAGAAGGCAUUAAUGCCAAUUCUACUCCAAUGCACCGAUGAUGUCAACCCAGACAUUCACCGAGGGGACGAUAUUGAUAUUCGACAUUACAUCAAACUCAAGAAGAUUCCCGGAGGCAAGCCGAGCGACACGUCCUACGUCUCUGGUGUAGUAUUCACAAAGAACGUCGCCUUGAAAAGCAUGCCUCGUUCCAUCCCGAACCCACGAAUCAUCAUUGUCACCUUUGCCAUUGAAUACGCUCGCCAUCAAACCCAUUUCAUGAGCCUGGAGCCAGUCAUUGCACAAGAACGAGAGUAUUUACGAAACCUUGUCAGUCGAAUCGUUGCCCUGCAGCCUCACGUGCUGCUCGUACAACGCCAUGUUUCCGGCCUGGCACUCGAAUUCCUGGAGCAAGCAGGUAUCGCAGUGGCUUAUAAUGUGAAGGAAACGGUACUGAACGCCGUCGCUAGAUGUACACAGUCUCCCAUGAUCUCGUCAGUGGAUAAGCUUGCGAUCGAUCCCGCACACUUAGGGCGAUGUGACAGUUUCGACGUCAAAACAUAUGUCUACAGGAAGAUGAGAAAGACAUAUAUAUACCUCUCGGGCUGUCAGCGCGAUCUUGGAUGCACAAUCGCACUUCGAGGCGCGGAACCCGAGAAUUUGACAAAGCUCAAAGGCAUCACAGAGUUUAUGUGCUAUGUUGUCUACAACCUAAAGCUAGAGACAUGCUUGAUGCGCGACGAGUUUGUUUUGAUUCCCGCCACCUCUGAUGGCGGGACUCUUGAGCAGCAUGAUGAAUGUGUAAAAUGCUCUCCGACUGAGCAGUCACAGCUCCAAACUGCAACGUCUAGUAUCGAGAAUGCUGGCGAAAAUUCUCUGAACGAAAAAGCGUCUGGGGAUACUCAUUCGGAUGCUGACGUUACGGAGGUACACAUCCCUCAUGACGCCCCAGCUCCCUCCUUUUAUAGUGAGAUGGUAGAGCAACACCGGACGACUAUCUUAUCCGUUUCGCCAUUCGUUAAAUUCAUGCAACCCUACCUGCUAAACAAAGCACGAGAGCAUGAGCGAAAGCUUGUCUAUCUGAAAAAGUUGAGGGAUCAAUAUACCACUGAAGAACACGACGAAAAGGAAGAAGUAGACACUUCCCAGCGUUUCGAAUUGGUCAAACCAGAGAUGGUUCACAAUGUGCCAAAGAAAGCAUCAAAACAGGUCCGGGAGUUUCUUCAUGCUGUUCACGCCGCCGAAUACGACAAAGCACUGCACAAUUACGAGACACAAAAGCGACAAUGGGAGGCUUUCUUACACGGCAACAUGAACUUGUAUGAUCCGUUCAGCCAUCAAAAGAUUGCGGUGCUGUACAGCAUCGUUAACUCCACCACCUCGACACCUUGCGUUGGACCAGAGAUUAUUGCCCUCAAUUUCUACCACGAGCAUAAUUGGGAAGAAGGCUUUACUCCAGAUCUCACCUUGGGUCAAUAUAUCGAAGACUUGUGCCACGGAGCCGGCACAGUUUGUGAUUCCGAUGGAUGUGGUAGGAGAAUGUUUGAUCAUCACCGUCAAUAUGCUCACGGCCGGGGUCAAAUGAGUGUGAUUGUUCAAAAGUUUCCCGCGAAGAUCAAGGGCCUUCAAAAUACGAUCUUGAUGUGGAGUUGUUGCAGACUCUGUGGCAAAGAGACCCAAGUAAUUCCUAUGUCUGACAACACCUGGAAAUACUCCUUUGCGAAGUAUCUCGAAUUGACUUUCUGGAGUAGCGAGCUUCAUCCUCGCGCUGGUUUGUGCCCACACGACAUUCACAAGAAUCAUGUUCGUUACUUUGGAUUGAACAAUGUCGCUGUGCGCAUUCAGUACGACUCCAUCCCACUGUAUGAGGUCGUUGUGCCUCGCCCAGUGAUCACAUGGAAGGUGGACGGCGAUUUAAAGCUGAAGAAUGAGCAAUUCUUGAGGAUCGAGGACCGACUGGAUAGAUUCAUGUUGUCUGUUCAGGCACGCUUGAAAUGUAUCCAUGUCGAAAGCGUCUUGCCGGAGAAGUACGAAGUUUGCAAGGCGGAGGUCGAAACCCUCUUCAAGCGUGCUACCGAAGAGCAUGAGUGGCUGAAGAAGAAGCUCCAGGAUAAGUACAUGACAUCCAAGUACUACGAGAUCAUUCCCCUCAACCGGGCUAUCCGUGCCAUCCAGGAAAAGGCCAUUUUAUGGGAUGAAAUUUUCGCUCAGUUCGAAGAGUCAUAUUUUCCUUCAGAAAAAGAUAUUAGAAGGCUUGCGGUUUUGCAAAUGAGGAAGUUCUUCAUCGAGCGCGACGAAUCUAGCAGCUCCCUGGCAUCUGUGGAAGAAGCGUCAGAAAUAGGAACGGAGGAGCCCGCUCAGCUCGAAAGGAGAAACUCUAUUCCAAUCACACCAAUGCCAUCGAGCAUGUCGCCAGAGCAGGCCCGAGAUAUGCUGACAUCGGUCGUUGAAGAAGAUCAAUCUCACGGAGUCCACUCGGAUGAACCACAUUCCGAAGCUAAAUUACGAGAAGCAGUCGAGAAAUCGAGGCAGCUUCUCGGUCCAAUUGAGCUGCCAAUUCAAACACCCAUCGAAGCACUUGAGCGAGAUGAUGUGCGCCACUUAGACCUUGCCGUUUCCUCCAACUUUCCUGAGGGCGUCCCAGCGCAGGAGCAUCAACAACAGAAUACGCCUCCCAAAGCCAACGAAACCCUACUACCAUCUGAACCCGGAUCCCCCACGCCAAUUGCGCAUCCUAAGAUCAAUCCCAUAGAUCAGUCUAUCGCCGACGCAAUUGAGAACAUGCCCAGCUCUCCUUCCCAAGCUUUACCUGCGAAUAGUACGCUAGAGUCUAAAAUUCCUCGUUUAGUCGAUACCAUACGGCGUGAAAGCGGUACCAGGCCCUCGAUGGGAGUGCGGACACAGUCUCAGCCUGGGGGCAUUCCUAAGCACCAGCCUCCGCAAAGCCCUUCGCUUGUUCCACCACCCACCUUAGUAUCAUCCGGCAGCGGUAGCGAGUCAUCUAGGAUUUCCCUCAGUGAUUCUGCCAAAGCUCUGGAGAAACGCAUGUCUGAACGACUUGGCGUGUACAAGCAGUCGAAAACAUCUUCGAUGAUACCUCGAUCUGUUCCGCUCAAAAGGCAAAAGGACGUAAACAAGGUCACUACUCUGGCAAAACAUUUCGAGCAACUUUCACGAGAAUUCGAAAGAGAACGGAAGCGGGAGCGCAUAGAUAGGCUGAAACAAAACCGCCAGGCUCGUGCGUAUCCGCUUGCAUCUUCGAAGCCCACGGUUGAGGUGUACAAAGACAUACACGAAGCUGUACAAGAGCACAGUCCUUCAGACGAAGAAGCUCAGCUCCCAUCCCCACCACGAGUGAGUACAGAUAACAGUACGCUCGGUGAUAGCACUUUCACAGAGACCACUGGCUUAACGACAGCAUCUCAAUCUCCCGUCGAGGAACGUCAUCCCAGAAGCGUAACAUCGCAUCCGCAAGAACUCGACGAGCACGAACCGCCCCAAUCCCAUAGCCACCCUGGAUCAGACGCUGAAAAUGAUGCAAGCGACAAUGAAGUUGCACCAGAAGACAUCGCUCUGCCCGACAGCGUUACUAGUUCUCAGCUCAUGUCCAUGAGCGAGUCUCAGCUCGAGCAAUCGCUCGAACUGCCGAAGCACGAGCGGAAUACGUUGAUGCGAAUGCUGACAAGCUUCUGGUCCGAGAGAUCUGCCAGUGGCUGGACGCCUUUGGAUUAUCCAUUUGCCCAAAACGAGCAUGUCUGGGAAGACUCUGAUAUUAUCGUGAGGGAAGACGAACCCUCUUCCAUCAUUGCGCUUGCACUUUCUAGCCCUGACUAUUUAGUGAAACUUCAACAGUUCCGUGGCGACACCACUCCGACGGAGAAGGGAAUAGGCGGUCUUGAAGGUUCAGAGGCUUCAAUCGAACGGAACCUGCUACAUGAAGCCAAUACCAAUAUCCGAUACAGCUUCGUCAACCGCGGCGUCAAAGCUCAGUGCAAGAUAUUCUACGCUCAGUCCUUCGAUGCCCUACGCCGUAAAUGUGGUGUUGCUGAUCGAUUCGUCGAGUCCCUCUCUCGUUGUUCGAAGUGGGAUUCAAAGGGCGGAAAGAGUAAGAGUAUCUUCCUCAAGACGCUUGAUGAUCGAUUUGUACUCAAAUCUCUGUCUCCUGUCGAGGUGCAAGCUUUCUUCCGUUUCGGCCCUAAUUACUUUGCAUUCACGCACCAGAAUCUGUUCAAGGGCCUCCCAUCGGUGAUAGCAAAGAUGUUCGGUCUUUUCCAAGUUCAGAUCAAGACUCCAAAGGGGCAGGACUUCGAUUGGUUCAUGCUUGUCAUGGAGAACCUCUUCUACGAUCGCGAGCCGAGUCGCCGUUAUGACCUGAAGGGCUCCAUGCGCAACCGCAAAGCCCAGAGCACCGGCGAACGUGAUGAGGUGCUCCUCGACGAGAAUCUCGUGGACAUCAUCUACAGCGAAGCACCUAUCUUCGUCCGCGAACACACCAAGAAGCUUCUCAAAGCAAGUGUAUGGAACGACACGCUCUUCCUCAGCCAACAGAACGUCAUGGACUACAGUCUCAUGGCCGGCUUCGAUGAUCAGCACCACGAGAUCAUCGUCGGCAUAAUCGAUUGCAUCCGAACCUACACCUGGGACAAGAAGCUCGAGUCCUGGAUCAAGGACCGCGGCAAGAACAAGCCCACCAUUACGUCCCCGAAGGACUACCGCAACCGCUUCCGCAUCGCAAUGGAGAAGUACAUCCUCCAGGCCCCCAACUGCUGGCACCAGUUCUCCGGCCGCGUCGUCGGCAUGGAGGUGCCACGCCGCACCGUCGCGCUGCAGAACAGAGAGGGCCAGGUCCUCGAGGCGCUCGGCGGCGAGGAGGAGAGGGCCGCUGGCUCGAAGAUCUGAUGAUCGUGCUGUAGAUUUUCCCGUAUCAUCAUUGACAUCCAACCCCUUGCUAUCACGACCUUUGUCUAUACAUCUCCCUUCCUCCCCUUACCCCCUUUUGUUCAUAUCCUUUUUUCUGAUCCGAUGAACCGGAAUAAUGGCAUAGCACUCGGCGUUCUUUUGGACGGGACUUUUCAUCAUUUAUGAUAUCUAUUGGCGUCCCAAUUAUUCUUAUAGUCAAUACGUAUGUAGGCUUCGGCCAUGGUUUGUUUUCCAUCGAGCGAAGGGCAACUAGGUCAUGGCGUGUUUAUGAGUAAAUUUCUGCGAGAUAUAAUGAUAGAUGUAGUACGACCGGGUACGAUGGUAUUCGAUGGUCAAUAAAUCACAUGACAAAACCAC